UAGACUACUACUUUGGUUUUAUUAUAUAGUACUCUUACAUCUCAAAAUGAGCUCCCACGAUAGAAUAGAUAUAUUUCCCUCUCGUAUGAACUUGACUAUAAUGAAGACGCGUCUAAAGGGAGCACAUAAAGGUCACAGUUUGUUGAAGAAAAAGGCUGACGCUUUAAAAAUGAAGUUUCACUCAAUUUUAAGAAAAAUUAUCGAAGCAAAACAACUAAUGGGUGAAAUUAUGAAGGAAGCAGCAUUUUCUUUGGCAGAGGCAAAGUUCUCAGGUGGCGACUUCAGUCAUGUUGUCUUGCAAAAUGUUGGGAAAGCACAAAUGAAAGUAAGGAGUAAAACGGAUAAUGUGGCGGGGGUAAAAUUACCGGUGUUUGAGCAUUAUGAGGAUGGUUCUGACAGCUAUGAGCUAACAGGACUCUCUAGGGGAGGGGAGCAACUUUCAAGGCUAAAGAAGAAUUAUUCUAAGGCUGUGAAGCUUCUUGUUGAGCUUGCAUCACUGCAGACAUCAUUCGUGACACUGGAUGAGUCAAUCAAAAUCACCAAUCGCAGAGUAAAUGCAAUUGAGCACGUUAUUAUUCCAAAGAUUGAGAGAACAAUCUCCUACAUCAUCACAGAGCUGGAUGAGGGCGAGAGGGAGGAGUUCUUCCGGUUGAAAAAGAUUCAGCAGAAGAAGGAAGUGAUCCGCGAAGCUCAGGAAAAAGUGAGGAAGGAUUGGGAGAAAGAAAAGGAGGCUAGAGAAGUUUUCUCUUCUAUUCCGUCCAACCAUGUUCCGAGCAUGCUGGAUGAUAAAGAAGACGAAGAUUUGUUGUUUUAAUUUUUUUGCUCUCUUCUAUUAUGUCAUUAUUCCGGUGUUAUAUGUGUGACACAGUGCUCAAAUAAAGCAAAAUACUUUUAGGGAAUUCGAUUCGUAAAUUAUAAAAGCUGAAAGUUUAACAAUGAUUUGUUAGCAUAAAAUUAUCUAUGUUUACAUCUUUUAAGUGAUGUUUAAAGAGCGUUGAUUCUCUGCGGUUGUCAUUACAAACUCUGAUAGUUGCAAUAUGUUCAUUGGUAUAUUUAUGUAUAUAUAUUUGAUUAUAACUUCAACUUGUAUGAUGCUUGUUGACAUUUUGGUACUGUUUAUUGGGAAGUAAUGAAAUGGUCUACAAUCACCCUGGUCCCUGGCCAUGUUUAUGUGUUAUGGGGACAUGAUGUGUUUGUAUUGCGACGGAAUUUAAUAUUUGUGUCAUUUAUGGUGUGUAAUCCUGAAUAGGAAUGAAUUUCAAAAGUUAUGUGUAUCCACUACUAUAUUAUACAUUGUACCCGGAAUGUAUUGGUGUUAAAAACCUUGUAAAAUAGUUGUUUUAUGUUCAAUAUUUUAUUUAUGAACUAGGACUAUAAUUCUGUUUACGUUCUAUAACAAACCAUGUUGUUCAUGUUAAG